AUGGCUCCAAUACGUUGCACUGACGAUGACACUGCGUCUUCCACAGACGACAAUAGCAAGGCAGUAUGCAGCUAUUGCAUUGGUAUGAGUGUAUACACAAAAGCCAUGUGGAAACAGCGUCAAACACCAGAAUGCAAAGGGAUUCAAGUAAAUUUCUCAACCAGUCGUAAACGUUUGCAGGAACUAAAAGAUCGUGCUGCACAUCCCAGGAAGAAGAAUUUUACCUUUAUGGGUGUAGGACUGUCUGUUUAUUCACCGGAAUGGAUGGAUGAAGGCAAACAUUUGCCCUAUGUGAAAGGAAUUAGUGUUAUUGCUAUUCAGAUGGACGAUAAUGAGCGUAUGAAGGAGAUUGAGAAGCGCAAACGUCUUAAGCGUGAGCUGCAAAAGAAUACAGGCAAUCAAGGAGAUUUACAGGAUGGAAAUGAUACAAGAGAUGAUGGCGAGGAGAUGGGGAAUACGGAGGAGGAUGAUGUUGACGGAGAAGCCACGGAUGAAGGCCAUGCACUUGUGGAAAGUGAAGUCGUUCGCGGUUUGAAGACGCCACGAGGACCAGCGGUCGUGCCGGCGUCGAUUACAAUGGCAGAGUUAAGAAAACGAGCUGUGGAAAAAGCCAAGUACUCUGUGAAUGCCAUGUACAAGUUCUGGGAGCGUCGAUUGGAUGGGUUUGGUGCCCGGUAUGUGGACUCAUGUCGACGACUGACUGAGCAAAUGGAAAAACAAGCAAAGAGCACGCCGCAUAAUGUGAUGUGGCUGGUGCAUCGUAUUGAGGAGUACGUGGUUGGGAGAGGUGGUGGUGAGAAGUAA